AUGCCAAAUCACUUAUUCAGAACACACCCAAGAACUUAUGGUAAAGAUUCAAGAGGUAAUUCAUUUUUUAAUACUUUAGAAUGCAGAGUAUGUGCAGCUAGAUAAGGUUUAAUCAGAAAAUAUGGUAUGAAUGUCUGUAGAAGAUGUUUUAGAGAAAAUUAUGAAUUGAUUGGUUUUCAUAAGGUAAAUGUAUAUCUAAAUUCAGUACAAUUGA